UUGACGUUAUUGCGAUGUGUUUCUGGUUUAUGAGGACAAAGUUCUCUGUAGCAUAGCUUGUUAGCUAGAGUAGCCUCAAAUGUCAUAGUAGUAACGUUAGCUAGCUAGCCGUCUUAAAACGAAGAAGAUGUCAACAAGUGCUGUCACGACGUGCAUCAUCACUGCUGCUGUAUGCAGCCUGUUGCUCGUUGCUCAAGGGCAGAUGGACGAUGAAGAAUGGAUUGAUCCCUAUGAUAUUUUGAACUACGACGCAAGCACAAAGACCAUGAGAAAGCCUGCUGCGGUUUCACAGCUGCUGUCAUGCAACGCUGUGUUCAAGCAAUUCCUCACCAAGCUUCUGAAGGAGAUUGAAAAAUUUGGCCUGCCCAGUGAUUUCCAGAAUGAUCUCUACUACGACGCCAAAGUAAGACUGUCUCGGCAAGCGUUGGCAGAGAUCUGGACGCUUCUGGAGGGAAUGGACAGCUGUAGAAUGGGGGCUCUGGACGAUGCCCUCAGCCAGAUCCUGGUGGAUCUCAAACCACAAGAAUUCGAGGCCUCGAGAUGGCACUUUGAGGACACCUUUGGUGUGGAGAUCGACACAGUCAUUAAGGUGAUAAUUUGUAGCAGAGGGGACUGUGAUGCUCAAAAUGAAGUGGAUUUACAACCGUACACACCACAUGUGGUUUGCCUAAAGGAAUUGAUGAUUGAUAGUUUGGAAAGUAGGCAACACGGGCGGUGAGGAUUAAAAUAACUUUUCUUUUUCUGUGAGGGAACUUAUAUUCUGGACUUAGAAGUUCAUACUGUAACGCAUAAGAUAGGACUAGCCUACACACAAUCUACAGGACAUAUAAAAACAAAACUGCUCUCAAUGGUGCUGGCUGGCAUGUGUCUGAUCUUUGCUUGAGGAGGCGAGUCCGAUCUGCUCCACUGACUGACUGAGAUGCGUAUGAAGUUAACUUGCACAUUUCUGUGUUUAUCAAUAUGAAUUAACCACUCUGAUUCAGAGCACAGUCAUUUACUCAAGACAAACAGAACUGACACCACUCGUUGGCAUUAUAACGCCAGGAAUAGUUCUCAUUGUCAUUGCAAUUAUUUAAGGAGCGACUGCCCCUAAAAAGCAACUUCUCAUUUUGAAAACGGCCUAUGUGGCAUCAAUAUGAGCCAGAAACAUAUAUUCUAGGGUCAUCAUUGACUACAAAGUGUAAAUAGGAUAAAUUUGGUCAUAAAGUCAUUCUCGUCCAAAACAGAUUUGCAAGAUAGAAAAGAAUGGAAUAUCACGGAAUGAAGGGUACCGUAACAGUUUUCCGUGGGUGGGGUUUAUUAUAAUUCUGCCCACAGCUGACAGUACCCAAGUAAUUUGGAGCGCAGCUGCAUGCGACCUGAUCGAAUGUCAAUUUGGUUUGACAUUCAAUAUCCCUAUGUGGCUAGUUGGGGACCAUCAGUAAAUUACACAAUGUACCUGGGACAAUAUUUUAAAAGGUCAAUAGCGCCACAUUUUUACGACUUAACCUCAAACCAUCUAAAAAUUGUAGAAAUUCGUAUACAAAUAUUGGAAGCAUUUAAUGAGACAACUAAAAGAUGUGCAACAAAUAUUGUCCCAGAGAUGGGCUAUCCAAAGUCAAAGCAAAUUUGCCACGGUUGCACACCAGCCAGCUGAAGCUAAUUGACAAAAUAAUUUGGCUAACUCUUUCCACCUGCGAACACACGAGAUAUAUUGUCAUGAAGCCUACUGUAGUGGACUCCUUCCUGCCUUUACCCCAGAUUGGUACAGAGGUGCCAUGACUCUCCAGCACGAUCUCUGUAAGAUGUACUACAAAGUCCUCAUGGUCAAC